AUGGUGCCUGACAACAACAGCAAACGAUCUUGGAAGAGCUCAUUGACAGCUAUUUCGACAGUGCUACUCGUCGCUUCAUCUGCAGUAGCAGCAGCAGCCGAUGUCUUACCUGUCACUGCAGGUGCAUCCAACUCUUCCCUCUUAUGGGGGACCUAUAGACCCAAUCUUUAUUUCGGCACUAGACCGCGUAUACCAGAGUCUGUCAUGACUGGUCUUAUGUGGUUUGACGCAAGCGAUUUUCAAGGAUUCCAACGUGUUCGUCAUGCGUGUGAUCAAAACGACGGCAUUGCUGGUUAUGGAUAUCAUAAGCAUGAUGGCCGAGAAUUUGCCUCGCAAGAGAUCAAUGAUAGACCAAGCAACAUCAAAUUGACAACGGAUUUCAUCAAGGUACCUGGAGCAGGAAAGCAUGGUGGUGAUUGGGGCGUUCGUAUCAGAGGUACUCCCAUAAGCAACCACGCUGAUCCAACGACAUCCGUCAUGUUUUACAUUGGUAUUGAGGGUGCUGGUGGUAUUGAUAUAAUGAGCAAAAUGUCCAAGAAGGGCCUUCAAUCACCCAUCUCAUUGGAAGGUGACACACCUGAAUUGGGUGAUUUCGAGAUACAGAUUGUGGAUGGUCCUUUAAACACCCAUCCUGGCGAGGGCAUUGAUCAGGAUCUCGGCUUGACACAGUGGUGGGGUAAAGAGGUGCCUCAAGGGCAAAUAUGGAGAUCAAAAGAUAUUGUGAUGGAGAGUAUCAUUAUGGGCGCCAGAGACCGUCUGGGUGGUGAUCCUGCCAAUCAGCAAGAAGCCAUGACCAAACCCUUCAAGUUCUUUACACUCACAAAUGAGCUAUCUGAGCAAGAAGGUGAGGUAGCCAACUUUUACGUCUUUCAAAAAGUGUUUAAGGGCGAAUUUCAGUUUGACGUUCUUUUCCGCUCACAAAGCUCUGAUGAACCACUUUCAAGCGAAUCGCUCGGCGCAAACUUGAUCAAGAAAGAGAACGAAUUCAAUGCUCGAUUUGAAAAGACCUUCCAUUUGAAAAAGAAGGGGUUCUCCAACAGCGAAGUUGAAUUUGCUCAAUAUUUACUGAGUAACAUGCUGGGCGGCAUUGGUUAUUUCCAUGGCUCAUCUGUCAUUGAUCGCUCUCAUCCUCCUAUGCAAGACGAAGAGGAUUUCAAGGGAGAGCCUAUUCGACCUGAAUUGUCUCGUCCUCAGAGCCUGUUUACUGCUACACCCAGCCGUCCCUUCUUUCCUCGUGGUUUCUACUGGGACGAGGGCUUCCAUCAGCUUUUAAUUGGAGAAUGGGACAAUGACCUCAGUCUAGACAUCAUCAAACACUGGACAAACAUGAUUGACGAGAAUGGUUGGGUUGCUAGAGAGCAAAUCCUGGGCGAAGAAGCUCGUAGCAAAGUGCCCGCUGAAUUCCAAACACAAUUCCAUCAUUAUGCUAAUCCUCCUACCUUGUACCUCUCCAUCAAACGGUACAUUGACCGUCUCGAGAAGCAUCAGCUAGACAGAUCCAUCUUGAAUGCCGCUGACAGUCAAAUGAAGAUGGGCACUUUGGACGACACCGAGGUUCUUCGUAACUUACACUUGGAUAAUCCAGAAUUAGCUGAUCAAUGGCUCAAGUCUAUCUACCCCAAGCUUCGCCAAAACUGGCUCUGGUUCCGUGCUACUCAGCAUGGCCACCUUGAUAGAUUCGGCCGUGAAGCACCCAACAACGAAGCCUACCGCUGGAGAGGUCGUACACCCAACCACACUCUAACUUCUGGUUUGGAUGACUAUCCUCGUGGCGAGCCCAGUGUCGGUGAGCUUCACCUGGAUCUUCACUCAUGGAUGGCAUUCGGCACUGGACUCUUGAAGGAUAUUGCAGCCAAAUUGGGACCCGAUUAUGCUGGUGACAGGGAAGAGUAUAUCAAGGUGCAACAAGACAUGCUUACCAAUCUCAAUGUGCUCCACUGGAACGAAGAGGAAAACAUGUACUGCGACCAAGCUCUGGAAGACAGCAAGCCUGUGCAUAUCUGCCACAAGGGUUAUCUCUCAUUGUUCCCUAUGACGCUCGGUUUGUUGCCUGCUGACUCACCUAAAUUGGGCGCUAUUCUGGAUAUCAUUGAAAAGGAGGAUGAGCUGUGGUCACCUUAUGGUCUUCGCUCUUUAUCCGCCUCAGAUCCCAUUUUUGGUACUGGUGAAAAUUACUGGCGUGGUCCUAUUUGGAUUAACAUCAACUAUUUGACCCUGCAAAGUUUAUACAAGAAUUAUAUGCAUGUCCCUGGCCCAUAUCAAGAUAGAGCAAACAAAAUCUAUACCAAGUUGAGAGAUAACCUCAUUCGCAAUGUAUACAAGAACUACAAGCAAACUGGUUAUGUGUGGGAGCAAUACAGCGAAUCAGAAGGAAAGGGUUUACAUAGCCAUCCCUUUACAGGAUGGACCAGUUUAAUUUUGCUUAUUAUGGCCGAAGAGUAUUGA